GCAAGGCGGCCGUCGCGCCAGGAUGACGUCAUGACGGGGUUUGUUUACUGCUACGUGUUCGGGAAGUGCUAGAAGAUCCGCGGCCGCCGUGUGACGGGCUCCCGGGGAGGAGGAGGAGGUGGACCCGGCACCAUGAGCUGGUUCAACGCCUCACAGCUCUCCAGCUUCGCCAAGCAGGCGCUUUCCCAGGCCCAGAAAUCCAUAGACCGAGUGCUGGACAUCAAGGAGGAUGAAACAGCCUGGGCAGGUUCCAUCAUCACCCCUUAUGAGGAGGGCAGUGCUUCCAUCAAGGGUAGCUGGGAAAAUUCCAACUGGGGAGGACAGUCGGAGGAGGAUGAAACCCAGGUCAUCUUGUCACCAACGGCCAUCACCAGUCCUGUCAGAAGAACUGUGGUGGACGAGUCUGAGAACUUCUUCAGUGCUUUUCUCUCAUCACAAGAGGUUAAACCUGUAUCGGUUAGCUCUGUGGUUUCUAAGCCUCCCACCAAAUCACAAAGACCCAAAGAAGAAGUAAAGCAAAACCCACCCGAGCCUACAAUCAUACCGAUGGAGGACGACCGGUUCAGGGAUGAGAAGGAGCAGCAGGAACAUCAAGACUUGAAAAUAAUAGAGAUAUUGUCUUUGGAAGAACUGGAGGAGCCCACCGAGGAGAAACGUGACCUCGAAAAGACCAUUCAGGAGUCUACUGACUGUUCUGAGGAUCUGAAAGGACAUCUAGAAGCAAAGUCAGAAGAAGACACCAUUGCUUCUUCUCCAAUGGUUCCACCAGAAAAUAAGGACAAUGGGCUGGACCUCAAGGACCAAAAGCUUGAGGAUCGUCAGACUAAUACCCCAUCACCUCCCAUCAGCACUUUCUCCUCUGGCACGUCCACAACUAGUGACAUUGAAGUGCUAGACCACGAGAGUGUGAUAAGCGAGAGCUCGGUCAGCUCCAGGCAGGAGGUGGCGGACUCCAAGGGAAACCUCAGUCUGAUGCAGAACUCCUUUCAGCUCCUGUCGCCCUCUGCAGAAUACGGCCGCUUGGAUGAAUUUCCUAAGCUGACCGAAAGCUGCUCUUCCUCUGAUGCCUUUGAAAGGAUUGACUCCUUCAGCGUACAGUCCCUGGACAGUCGCAGCGUUAGCGAAAUAAACUCAGACGACGAGCUGUCGGGCAGGGGCUGCACCUUGGUGGCCAUUGCUGUUGGCACUACCAUCCCAAGCAUGGACAUUACUUGCUCCACAGAGAGCAAAACGGAUGAAGAAAUGAAUGAGACGACGCUGCUCGUACACUCCAGCGAGGAUAUGGAGAUGGAGGAGAGCGGAAGGAGCGCCACUCCUGUGAAUUCAGAGCAGCCGGACCUCCUGGUCGCUGCACUUCAGAUGCACGAACCGGAAUCAGUCUGGCAGGGAGAGUCGGCGGAGGAGCAGGAGGCUGACAAUGAGCCAAAGGUCGAUUAUACAAUGGAGGAUAUGCAAAAGAUCAUUAAUGAGCUCAAUAGCCGGCUGGAGAAGAGAGAAACCCAACUGUUAUCAGUCAGCAAGGAAAAGGCACUAUUAGACGAGACUCUCGACAACAUCCGAGAUGAACUCGUUAGAGUCAAGGAAGAAAGCAGCAGCGUGUCAUUGCUGAAAGACGAGUUCACACAUCGGAUAGCGGAAGCGGAGAGAAGGGCGCAGCUGGCGUGUAAAGAGAGAGACGCCACCAAAAAGGAUAUUAAAGCCUUGAAAGAGGAGCUGGCUACCAGACUCAAGUCCAGCGAGACAGCUGAGAUAAUGAGGGAAAAGGACGAGCAAAUUAAAGGGCUGAUGGAGGAAGGAGAACAACUUUCCAAACGACAACUUCACAACUCGAAUAUCAUCAAGAAGCUGCGAACCAAGGAGAAAGAGCACGAACACACGAUCAAUAAGCAGACCAAGAAGAUCCGGGAGCUGGAGGAGGAAUUGCAGUUGUUAAAGCAGACUUUAGAUGGGAAGGAAGAGGUUGAGAAGCAGCAUCGUGAAAACAUCAGAAAACUUAACAUUGUGGUUGAAAGACAAGAGAAGGAUGUGGGAAGACUACAGACGGAGCUGGAUGAGAUCCAAGAAAAGAAUCGCAGUGUCCAGGCGGCUCUGGAUAGCUCCUACAGAGAGCUCGCAGAACUACACAGGGCAAAUGCCAGUAAAGCCAGUGAAGCCCAGGAGGUGGCACUAAGCUGUGAAAUCAGAGCAAAAGAAGAGAUGUGUUUAGCGCUGGAGAAAGCAAAGGAAGAGUCUCAAAAACAGCAGGAGGCCUUGGCCAUUCAGGUGGCGGAUUUGAGGCUGGCGCUGCAGAGGGCAGAGCAGCAAGCUGCAAGGAAGGAGGAUUAUUUGCGGCAAGAAAUUGCUGAGUUACAACAGAGACUCCAAGAAGGUGAAUCUCGGAAUCAGGAACUAAGCCAAAGCGUCACUUCAGCGACUCGACCCUUACUUCGCCAAAUUGAGAAUCUCCAAGCAACUUUAGCGGCUCAGACUGCAUCCUGGGAGAAGUUGGAGAAGAAUCUUUCUGAUCGACUCACUGAAUCACAGACCUGGUUGGCAUCGGCAGUAGAGAAAGAGAGAGCCGCAACGGAGGAGCUUCUGUCUGUGAAAACUCAAAUCUCAGCCAUGGAGUCUCAGAAUAGCCUCCUCCGCCAAGAGAAGAGCCGUUUCCAAGCUCAGCUUGAGGUGGAGAAGUCCAGGUUAUCAAACAUGGAAGAAGAACACAGCAGAAAUCAAGUGGAACUAGAGAAUUUGAAGAUGGAACACAAGAAAAUGGUUGACGAUGCUAAAAGAGAAAAGGCGCAGCUAAGCAGCCAACUAGAGAUGGAGAAGAUGAGAGUGGAACAGGAGAAAAAGAAGGUCCUGCUGGUCCAAGAGGCUGCCAAAGAGAAGGAGCGUAAAUCUUAUGGAUUCCCCACUCCUGAGACUGGUGCCACCACUCCGACAUUGUCACGAUCCAGUUCUAUUAGUGGAGCAGAUUUGACAGGUUUACAGACAUCUCUGCUAUCACAGGAUUCCCAUGAUCCGCUUUACGGCCCAAUGACCAUGUCUGUCAGCAGCAGCAACCUGUACGAUGCUGUAAGGAUGGGAGCCGGCUCCAGUGUCAUUGAAAAUUUACAGUCUCAGUUAAAGUUGAGAGAAGGGGAAAUUGCCCAAUUGCAGCUUGAAAUUGGGAGCCUGGAACAAACUCGCUCCAUCCUUGCCGAAGAAGUCGUCAAAUUAAAUAAUCUCAACGACGAACUGGAAGAGAAGGUGAAGGAGAUCCCGAAACUGCACCUUCAGAUGAGGGAUUUGGACCAGCGAUACAACACCAUCCUGCAGAUGUACGGCGAGAAAGCCGAGGAGGCCGAAGAGCUGCGCCUAGACCUGGAGGACGUCAAAAACAUGUACAAGGCUCAAAUAGACGAACUAUUAAAGCAAAGACUCAACUAGUUUAUUAGAAGGAACUCAAGACGAUGAACAUGUUUUAAGUAGAAAGUUGCUCCCCUUGUAAAUGUCCAUCCUCUGUAUAAACGACGCGUGUACAUUCAGAGAUGAUUUUUAUUUGCCGCAUGUCGAUGGCAUUCUCAUUCUCCCCCCCCCCCCCCCCCCCCUCUUAAAUUAUUUUGUGUAGUAUGUAAAUUUACUCGGGUUCUAAACUAAGACAUUUUUAAGGUUCCUUAAAUACAAAAUCAGUUCUGCGUA